GCUCUCUCUCCUUUCACCCUGUGUUCAUAUAAACGCGAUUGAUCUCCUUUUGUGAGUUAAAACAUUUACUGUCGUCUCGUAACAACACAUACUCUAAUAAUAAACAUGUCUAUCGCUGAGAAGGCCAUCGUCUACGCCACCCUGAUCCUUGCCGACGACAACGUCGCGAUCACCGCCGACAAGCUUGAGGCUAUCACCAAGGCUGCCGGUGUUGAGGUUGAGCCCAUCUUCUUCAGCCUGUUUGCCAAGGCCUUUGACGGAAAGGACGUCAACGAGCUCCUGCUUAACGUUGGUGCCUCCGCUGGUGCCGCCCCCGCUGCCGGUGCCGCUGCCGGUGGUGCCACCGAGGCUGCCGCUGUUGAGGAGAAGGUUGCUGACGAGGAGGAGGAGUCCGAUGACGAUAUGGGCUUCGGUCUUUUCGACUAAGUUUUUUAGCCCAUUGAACCGCUUUUAUUCCAAAAUGCCCGGCUUCUUCGGUAUAAUAAAUUUGUUCCCUCGAAACAUACUAUAUUUAUUUUGAAACAAAAAAUGAUUGUUUGCUCCACGCUUAGAUGUGUACAGCUAAUUUGUGGCCGCAUUAAAAUUGGCAUGGCAG